UGUACACUCGCCGGUCCGUAUCCGUACUUUCGCCGCGUAUAAAAACUUUACGCCAAAAUGUCAACUGACAUAAUUAGACCGCGUUACAGAUUUUAUUUUUAAAUGUGCCAGUGAAUUCAAAGUUUUGGCGGCAAAAUGACUUUUUAAUUUGGCGGUCACCGAAUUUCGAGUCAAGGAUAAUUAAAAUGGAUCCAGAGCUCUUCGAGGAAAUGGAGGUCACGACCAGCCGGUCACUAGCAACCACUCUCUUCCCUGGACACAGCAAUCUCACACAGAAUGCCACCGACUUGAACAUGUUCUUUUUCUAUGAUUAUAUUCAGUUUCCGGUGAUGUGGCUUCUCUUCGUGUUGAUCGUUCUCUUAAACGCAUCGGUGAUAGCCGCUCUCCUCUGUACAAAUGCAAGGAAAAGUCGAAUGAAUUUCUUCAUAAUGCAACUUGCGAUUGCUGAUCUGAUGGUUGGCCUGUUAUACGUGUUUGUGGAUAUACUGCAGAAGAUAACAAUCGCUUGGUUGGCUGGAGAGUUUAUGUGCAAAUUCGUCAAAUUUUUACAGGCAGUGGUCAUGUAUGCAUCAACGUAUGUACUUGUCGCCUUAAGUAUAGAUCGUUGCGAUGCUAUCACCAAUCCAAUGAAUUUCUCAGGAAGUUGGAAUCGCGCGCGUGCUCUCAUCGCAGCAGCUUGGAUCAUCAGCAUCAUUUUCUCUAUUCCUAUAUUAAUUCUAUACGAAGUAAAGGAAAUGCAAGGUCAACUCCAGUGCUGGAUCGACCUGGGCACGCCACAGCGGUGGCAGGUCUGGGUCACCUUGGUAGCUGCCAUGAUUUUUGUGCUGCCAGCUUUAGCUAUCGCAGCAUGUUACGCUGUGAUAGUUCUUACCAUCUGGACCAAGAGCAAAGCGGUGGUCAUGUCCCCACCAGUAAAUUCUAGAAGAUCCAAGAAUAUGAGAAAUGGACAGGUGGAAUGCGACCCAGAUUCCCGCCGUGCCAGCUCUCGCGGCUUGAUACCGCGAGCCAAGAUUAAAAGCGUCAAAAUGACAUUUGUUAUUGUUUUUGUGUUCGUUCUUUGCUGGUCACCGUACAUCGUGUUCGAUCUUCUCCAAGUAUACCAUCACAUACCUCCGACACAGACCAACCUGGCAAUCGCUACCUUCAUCCAAAGUCUCGCGCCCCUCAAUUCAGCAGCUAAUCCAUUAAUAUGCUGCAUGUUUUCGCCGCAUAUAUACAGUAGUUUAAGGCGCGUUCCUCCUUAUCGCUGGCUAUGGUGUGGACGAACACGAAAGCGUCACGCGCGUGGUACAUUGCGCUCGCGGUCGGACUCCACAGCGAACUCAGAUCUCCUUAGUUCAACGCAUGCAAGGAGAUCAAAUACCAUCGCUACGGUAUUAAACCGUACAUGCAGUAGCAGUAUCCCAAGAACAGAGCAGCGGCGCACGCAACUAUUGGUUCUCUUGCCUUCCAAGGACUGACCCAGGCUUUCUCCAGCGCAUGACGUCAUGCUUUAAGAUGUAGAGGAUUCCCGUUUUUCUUUUAUUGGUGGACUAUCUAACUAGCUAAGCAAAAAUGUUGGGUGUUAUGUUUGGUAUUGUGUGCAAUUUCUUAGGGCAGCUAGAUAAACCUGAAAGUGAACCUCCUAAUGUAUGCUAAAAAAAUAUAACAAAAUCCUGUCGUAGGCUUGGUGUAACAAUGUUCUGAUUUCCAUAAUAUAUGCUCUCAGACACAUUUAACAUACAUUAAUUUAAAAAGAAAUAAUUUCGCAAUAUUUUUUAAAUUUCGCGUAACGGUAGUUGAGGUGAUUAAUAUUUGAGUUGAAAGCCGUUUAUAUAACAGUUUAUAUGCAUAAUACUAAACUACUCUGACGCCUACUAGACGCUAAGCAAACAUCAGUUGCCAUGGCAACCUCAAACCCCUAAAUAAAUUUAUAUUUAAAAUUUGAGUGUGUCGAAGUAAACUAACUAUACGCAAUAUAAGAAAACUAAGAAUAAGUCGUGAGAGUCAUGUAAACAAAUAAUCAUGGUCGAUUGAGAUGUGUUCAGGAUGCAAUAUAUUACGCCAAUGUAUGUUCGUCUGUAUAUAGGAUAACAUAGUGCCAAGUUUGUAUAGUCACAAUGUAUAAAUAACUUUUUCCUUUGUUUAGGUGUCGUAAAUGUCUUUUCUUAUAUAAAUCAUGUCAGUUUUGAAGAACUAUAAAAUAAUUUCUUCAAUUUGACGAGUUGUACGCUCUAACCAAAACCCGAUAAUUUGAUAGCAAAUGUAAUAUUCAGAGACGUGAAUUAGCCAAACAAUCCUCGUCAAAUCUAACACGUUCCUUACAGGAUUCAUAC